AUGUUUCAGUCGUGGGCAGAUGCCGAGGAUGACAUCCCCGUCCCAGAGUUUACCUCGAACCCAGAUGGCACCAAGACGGUGGUGAGCUAUAGACUCAACGCCAAGGGCCAGAAAGUGAAGAUCACUCAGAAAAUCAAGGAAGUGAAGGUCAAGGAAAGAGUACACCCAUCGAUAGCGAUCCGUCGAAGCUGGGCUAAGUUUGGCAAGGAAAAGCACACGCCGCCAGGACCCGACACGAGAACCACACAGUUGGGUGAGAAGAUCGAGUUGAAGCUCGGUGCUUCUUGGAAAGAGCUCGAGAAGAAGGAGGAAGAGGAGAAGAUGGAACAAAAAGUCAACUUGGUCAGCACGCAAAGACUCACAUGUAGAACAUGUGGUGGUGACCAUUUCACAUCCAAGUGUCCUUUCAAAGACACGCUUGGCGCGGAGACCGCCGCCCCAGGUGGUGGAGGAGCUACUCCAGAGCCUACCGAAUCUUCUAAAUACGUUCCAGUGCAUAAGAGAGCCGAUGCUCCAAGCAGAGAGUCCAGAGAUGACUCUUGUACGUUGAGAAUCUCCCAGUUGAACACGAUUGUGGACGAUCAGAUGUUGAGAGAGGAGUUGCUCGGAAAGUAUGGUCCAUUGCAGAGAUGCUCGCUUAUCAGAAACAGAGAGACGGGCGAAUCCAAGGGUUUCGCCUACGUGACUUUUGCAACCGAGCUGCUUGCGCAGAGAGCAUUGGACGAGUUGAACGGCAAGGGUUACUACUCGUUGAUCUUGCGUUUGGAGUGGUCCAAGAAGAAGAAGACCUAA